AUGAGCUCACAACAUGUCGAGGAUACUAAUAAGCCUGAAGUGGUAAUCGAAGCUAAUAUGCUCAACAAGAAGCAAGGCGAUUUGAUGGGCUUCGAAACAGAAGAAUAUAUGAAUAAGUUUUUGGAUAUGACCGAGAAUGCCAAAGCUAAUGAUAGAGAGGAGAAGAAAAUGACCUUAAGAGAAGGUUUGAAGACGUAUCCUAAGGCUGCUAUGUGGUCAGUUAUUUUAAGUACGGCUUUAAUUAUGGAAGGAUAUGAUACCAAUCUCAUUAAUUCAUUAUAUGCAUUUCCGGAUUUUACCAGAAAAUUCGGUGAAUACAAUGAAGCAGAUGAGCUGUACCAGGUCCCUGCCAAAUGGCAAACGACCUUGGGUAUGGGUAUCUAUAUUGGUGAAAUUAUUGGGUUGUUUAUAGCUGGUUUCAUUGCCGAUAAGUUUGGAUAUAGGAAAACACUUAUUGGUGCUUUGAUGCUUACAACUGGAUUUAUAUUUAUCGUUUUUUUUGCUGUUAAUGUUGAAAUGCUACAUAGUCGACACAGCGGCGCGUUUGGCGAUGUGGUGUCGAGUGUAUAG